GCCCCAUCUGCCGGAAGCUGCGCGAGUUGCCGGACUGGGAUGAAGACCGUGACAUCACCCAGGAGAAACUGCUGAAGCUGGGGCCCAUCUUGGGUGGAUGUGGAAACGACUUCUUCGAUGAUCUCCCCUCAACAGUGAUACAGGGGGCGCUGAGUGCCAUAAAGGAUAUCGACUUUGAUGACGCGGAGGCUGGAGAGCUGCUUGGAAAAUUGAGUAUUCCGGAGUUCAAAGAUUUCUCAACAGCCCAGUUCAGACAAAUUGGCAAGCUGGCCAAGGGCAUGAGAGCCGAUGACAUUGAUGACCUCCCAGACAGCGUUGUUGCCGACACCCUAGAAGACCUUGACGACAUGGACAUGGACGACUGGAAACGGAAGAUGUAUAUCUACAAGGCGAUGACCAGCAACAACAACAAGCUCCCCUCCAAACUCCUCGUUCUUCCUCAUUUCGCUAAAGCCCUCAGCAUGGACGACAUUGAAACAGCCGACGCACACGACAUCAAACUGCACCUGGCGAACGCUGGCAACAUCAAAUGGAGAAGAGGCUUGGCCUCGGCUCUGUUCCACAAGAUACGCGCAGUCAACCCAAGCCUGCACGUUGACGACCUGCACGAACUUGGCAGCAUCGUCACGGGUAUGUCCGAAGAAGACAUCAGCAACAUGCGUGAUGACAAGAUGAACGUCGUCAACCUCGCCGCCCAACUGGCCGACUACGACGACGAUCUGACAUUGUCACAGUCUGAAGCCAUGGCCGUAAAGAUUAGAAACGUCUUCCACUUCGACAACCGCAACAUUGUUGAGAUGGACGAAACUGAUGUAUUGCAAGUGGCACCAUUCCUCCAGUAUCUGCCAGAAGCCCAGUUCAACAAGAUCAAGAUGUCGCAGCCUGCCAGGGAAGCCUUCCUCACAUCCAUGAACAGAGGCGCUAAGUCCAAGAUCAGCCGGGAGAAACUCAUGUACCUCAUGGGACAGGGAGAAUCCAUGCUAAACACACAGGAAUACCGAAUGACUGAUAUGGGGACGGAAUGGGACGACAGGAAGGUUGCCAAGCUGGGAGGUCUUCUUCAGGGCAUGCCAGACAAGGUGAUCAUGAGGCUGCCAGGCUCUGCCCUGAUGAGGAACAUCCGCAGCUUCUCUGGGGCAGCGUUGACCAAGGUCCAGGCAGAGGCCGUCAUGAGCAAGGUCGAGGAACAUGACUCGUCCUGGCAUUGCAAACGAGAGCGUCUGGCCCAGGUGGGACCUUUCCUAAAGCAUCUGAGUGAAGACAAGUUGAAGACAAUCUGUAAGUCUGAAAUGGCAGCUGCAGCCUCUGCUGUAAUCAAGGGCAUGAACCGCGUCGACCAGGCCAGGAUGGAGAGAAGGAGGCAGGGCUUUAUGAGGGAAGAGGCUAUGGCGUCAACAGAUGGAGAGAAAAGAGUAGUGCAACUCAUUCAGGAGAGUCUGAGUUCCGACGUAACGACCAGGAGGAGAAGAGCCGUUGAUGCUCCUAUGUGCGCCCAGAUGAAGAUCCUAGGGGUGAAGGCCGCCCUCCUGGAGGUGGCGACUCUCUCCGCCAUGGACCACACGGUGGAAUUCCCCAACUGUCUGCAGACUCUGGGAUCUGUCAGUGACUGGGACAAACAUCAGCUCACCGCCCUGCUGGUCAAGGCACAGGAUGUUUACGGACCUCCGAACACGUGGAGCGUGGAGAUCAUCAGACAGGCAGGAAGCAUAUUGGCCGCCCUCACACCGGCCGAGCUGAGUCAGAUCAAACUGUUCACUCUUGACGCUAUAGCCUCCGCAGGAAAACAUCACCUUUUCUCACAGCAACAGCUGAAGGCUGGCUUCUACAGAUGGCUGAACAACUCCAAGGCUAAUGACAUCAGCAGAGUUUCAGCUGCUGAAAUGUCAUCCCUCGGACACUUCAUCUGUGCCCUUGAGCCUUCAGAAAUCCUCCUCUUCUCAUCCUCGGCAAUCAGGGGUGCUCUAAAUGUGAUUGGUGGAGUGAGGUCAUGUGACAUAAAUCAGCUUCAAGCCUUUGCUGCGAAGACGAUAGAGAUAUAUGGUGGCAAUGUGGGCAGUUGGAAUGAACCCGUUAUCUCCGAUAUGGGAAUAGUGAUCGGUGGAUUAAAGGCCAACCAGAUAAGAAUGCUGACAGCCAAACAGAUUGCAGUUAUAAACACAGAAGUCAUUCCACACCUCUCACACGAUGUUAUGCAGUCGUUCACAGCAAACCAGAUGAGCAGGUUCAGUUCAAACCAGGCAAAUGCUCUCACUGAGGAACAGUAUCGCCAUCUCUCCGCUGGCCAAAAGGAGGUCAUCUCUCGCAAAGUGACCAUUGCAUUCAGAGAUUAUCCUGCUGGCGCUGCUGGUCUAUCUCACUUGACACCGUUAUCCGCAAUCACCUGUUUGGUCGGUUUCUUCCUACGCUUUUAAUAGCACAGUGUGUAUCACAAGGGUGUACUCAAGUAUCUACGAUACGAAUACAAACACUUCAAGAAAUCACAGGAUACAAUCUCAAAUCGAGGGAUGCCACUGUUACAUAUUGAAAGUUCUGUGAAAACAUCUUCUGUUGAAUUUCGUGAAUUCCAGUCAUCCGGACUCUCCAGAACUGAGCGUGAAAAUUUAUAUUGUUGUGUGCACUGCAAAUGCAAACAUCCGGGCAAGAGAAAGCAUACACUUAGAAAUUAAGUUUAACCAAAUAACAAAAGUUAUCAAAACGUUACUGGCUGUAAACACUACGAAAUUGAGGUCCAAAAACUACUGCGACAGCCAAAUAUACUGAAAGAAACAAAUAAAGGAACACAUAAAGGAACACAUAAAGGAACACAUAAAAAUUCAAGUGUUCCGUCAAUAUUUUCCAGUUUUCAUCACCAGCUUUGAAUAGUGCUGUGGGAGGAAAUCUGAGAAUA